AUGGAUAUUACCAAAGAUGGCACGACUGACAGCCAGUCACCAGUCGAUACUGAAGUAGGCGAAGUAACGAACACCAACUCGGGAUAUCACCGCAAUUUCACUCCUAGGCAGAUCCAUGUCAUUUCCCUUGGGGGGCAGAUUGGCGCUGGUCUUUUCAUUUCCACCGGCUCGAAUCUGCGAGAAGGCGGCCCAGCAAACCUGCUUCUCGGCUUUGCGGUCGUCUGCUCAUGUGUAUGGGCAGUGCUUCAAACAGUCAGCGAAAUGACCAUUGCGUUCCCCACGUCUGGAAAUUUCAUCGACUACGCGGAUCGCUUUGUCGAUCCAGCCUUUGCUUUCGCGGCCGGCUUUUCCAUGUGGAUUGGAUGGACGGCAGUUAUUGCUUCGGAGGCGACCUUUUUCUCUGUCGUUGUGAACUACUGGGCCAAGGAUAAAGUGAAUGAGGCGGUUUGGCUAACCAUCUUUCUCAUUCUGAUGUUCGCCAUCUUUAGCCUGCCAAGCACCGUUUUUGGAUGGUUCGAAUACUUCACGUCUAUGCUGAAAAUCAUUGCCUUGAUCCUGUUUAUCAUUGUGGGUAUUGCACUGAUUUUCGGCGCCGGCCCGGACGGGACUGUCAACCAUGGCGAAACAUGGGACAACGGGGUGGCCUUCCUGAAUGGAUUCAAGGGCUUCGGAAACAGUGUCUUGUUUGCUAUUCUAGCCAUUGGAGACAAUACCUUCACUGGUUUCCUGGCUGGAGAGUCUCGCAGGCCUCGGUAUUCGGUCGCCCAUGCCGCUUUCUUGAUCCCAAUUCGUGUCGCAGUUUUCUACCUGGUUUCAGUGGUUCUCAUCGGACUCCUGGUCUCUCCAAAGAACCCACAUUUGCUUGGUAGCAGCGGCGUGGCUGCAUCUCCCUUUGUUAUUGCCAUUAACCAGGCUGGUAUUCCUGUUCUUCCGGAUAUCCUUAACGUGGUAAUUGUCUUCGCUGUAGCUGCUAUUGCUGCCGAGAGUUUCUAUAUCGCGUCACGUAUACUUCAAUCCAUGGCCCACCAAGGCCUUAUUACAAGCUGGGUUUCAAAGAUUGAUUCGCGAGGCCGUCCUUAUAUUUCUCUGUCUAUCACCGGCCUUCUUGCUAUCAUUCUUACAUACAUUAACCUAAGCGCAGGCGGAACAACAGUCUUUGACUGGCUAGCCCAGAUCGGCUCGGAUACACCCACAGCAUACUAUUUCUUCCAAUACAUGUUUGGCAUGAUUCUGAUCAUCGGUAGCGCUCUCGCUUACAAGUUGAUAUUCCGCACCAAAAUUCGCGACGUCCAGACUGUGGACUUGAUAACCGGACGUAGGCCUCUGAGUGUAGAGGAAAUCCGAGAGUUGGAUGAGUACGAGAAGUCGCCACGAUGGAGGAAAUUUUAUUCGUUUGUCCAGUUGUGGUAG